GGUAAGGUCGUGACAAUUGAAAUAUUUAGGUCAUCGUCCAAUAUGGCGUCUGCCGUGACACUGUGGGAAAAUAUUUCGAGGAAGUGAAUAUUAACGGGGAUCGUUACUUACCAUAUACAAUACAGAAACUAUGACCAAGUGGUCAAAGUAAUUGCCCUUUGACCUGAAUGUCCCGUGGCACCAUGGAUACAAUCUCAAUUUGGUCAGUAGUCCUGGCGAUGUCCAGUCUGGCUACCUUGCUUUCAGCCCAGGACAGAAUCUACGACAUGGACCGUUUGGCUACAUGCGGUCAGGACGUCACCGUCUUCGACAAGGACGUGGUCCUGAACGGCAGAUCUAACGCCGCCCCCUCCAACCCCCCUCUUGAGUGUACCGUCUACCUGACGUCUGGCUACACAGAGUCAGACGGCAGGUAUCGUCUGCAGAUCAUCAUCGAAGCUAUAGACAUCCAGGACUGCCAGGUGCAUGUGGAUGUCUUCAACGGCAGAGGAGCUUUCGGGAGCUACCUGAGGAGUCUUGGUUGCAACAGUAUGAGCACGGACACGCUGUACACCGAGGGAAGGGAGGCAACUGUGAGGUUUACUAGACCCUCUAUACUCUACCAGACAGCAUACGCCUUUACCUUCAAGAUCAGAACUUACCGUGACAUAGAUGAAGGUGGAUACGUACAAGGCACCAACAAGCUGUCCCCUGGAGCAAUCAUUGGUAUCGUGAUCGGCAUCGUGGCGUUGUUUGUCGUGGCCAUCCUCAUCCUCUGGUGCUACAAAUCGGGCAGGUUCGGCAACUACUACGGUGGAGGUUAUGCCGAAGACGACAAUAUGUCCGUUACCAAGACAACAUCUAUGGGAGAGCUGAAUGGAGGCCACUUGGAAAAGUCCGAGUCUCUAGGUUCUGCUAUUGACUAUCGAGACCCCGGGGUGUGGACUAGUGUAACCAAUGGACAGUACACGCCAAGUCAACCGAGAAAACUGGGCAGGAAUUUCUAUCAGAAAAAUGAAAAUAGAUACGGUAACGAAGGAGGUAGACAACUUAACAACUUAAACAUGGAAGGCCAAGGUCAAGGAUACAGAUCCGGCAAUGGCCAGAGGUUGGACUCUGCUUAUGAUGAUUCCUACGAACCUUAUGAUAGAGACGCUAAUGUCAAGUUGAAUAUGGAUAAAGACGGCAACGCAGCUGAAUGGAAGAAAGACGAAGGGACAUUUGAGAGAAAUGGAAGCAAACGUGCCAGCACCGGAAGUAAAGGUCAGGGAGGUCAGAGGUCAUCUUAUGUAGGUGAAGGUGAUGGUCAGGGUGAAGGUGAAGAAGGCCAAGGUACAUUCAAAAGAGACAAUGGUGCGAGAGGAAGUAGGGGGAGUAAGAAGGGUGGCGAGGCGGAACCAGGUCAACCGGGAUAUGACUCCUUUGCCAGAGAUGCCCCUGGUGGCACUAAGCUGAGAUCGAGCGACAGAGACAGCACAAGAGGGAGCAAGAGAGGGAAGAAACAUGCCGACCACCCUGGUGCUCCUGAAGGGGAAGGCAUGGACGUUGCAGAGGCGACUGAGUCCUUACUGAACGCUGCACCUCCUUCUGGACCAAAGGGGGAUAUAAGUAAUGAUAAACAUUUCUUCCCGGAUAGUGACAAUGAAGGCGUGAAUCCUGAUUCCAUGGACUUACAAAGUGAACCCGAAUUAAACAUGCCAAAUCCCAGUAAAGCGUCCCCCUCUGCAAAAAAGAGAAAGAAGAAGCGGGGUAAAGAUGGAAACAUCCCAGGCUCCGACCUCCCUCCUGAAGCUCAAGAACCAGUAUUCACAACCUCAGCCCCCGAGGCCCCCUAUGACCCCUCAGCCAGUCUCCCCUACACGGCCUAUGGCGCCCCCAGCUAUGACGCCAUGUACCCCAACCAGUACGGGAUGCCCUACGGCAUGAUGCCAAUGGCCGGCGGCUUUGCUCCGAUGCCAGGCCAAAACUAUGCCUACUAUCAAAUGGGUCCAAUGCCAGGGGCGCCUGCGACGGGGAUGCCAACAGACCAGCAACCAAUGGUGGCAGGCCAGGCUGCAUGGUAUGUUCAGGACACGCCACAGGGUCCUGUCAAGAAGGGUUUCAUGAUGACCACUUCACAAGAACCAUCACAAGCUUCCAAAAAGAAACGGCGUGACCGAAACGCCCCUGACGACUACUCGGCGAUGGAUCAUCCUGGAGGACCAGGGUACACUUCCACCCCGGGUGAUGCUCUGACCCCUAAACGGGGUCGUAAAAAUAGGCCAAAUAUCCCUAUUGACCCCAUGGACAUUUCAGUGAUCGCCGCUGGUGGACCUCCUCCCGAACCUGGCGCGGGGCAGAGGUCGGCUGUGAUGAGGGCAGGGACGGACCCCCACACCGGAAUGCAGACUAACCAGGUGAUGUGGAGAGACACGAUUGUUGACCCAUCUGACCCUCCUCCUGACGCUAACCCACAGAUCACACGGAAAACCCUCACUCGGAUCACCACCCGUAGUGGAAAAGGCGAUUUACCUACUGACCAAAACCCAAUGGGGUAUAACGACUACUCCGACCGCCUGGGUAUCGAAGAGGAGAACCCUGCCUACCUGUCCCCCUCACGGCCUGCCUUACCCCCUGCGGCCGUCACACCCGACACAUCCAACGUGGACUUCUACCUAGGUCAAGGUCGUCAUACAGGUGCCCCGGAACCAGUUGUGCACAAGGCCAGCAGUAGGAACAAAGCAUUUCGGGACAGAAUAGCUGUGGACGAUUCAUAUGCAUAGCAGCAACCUAGUGACUGUUUUGCAUGUACUUGAAAUAUGGUUUGUUAUAAGCUCAGUCGUGUGUAAGACAUGACAGAGAUUCUUAAACUGUUGCAAUCAGCGUUGUGUCAACAUUGAACAUUGUUAUAACCAUGGUAAUCACCCAGCUUGUGAGGCAGCAUUAUACAAGACUGCUUUACCAUGUUUACUUGUUUGGAAAGGUAACGAUGCAAGGGAGGUAACGAUGCAAGGGAGCUAACUCGUGAUGAGAGAAGCCAUGAUGAAAUGUUUUCCGUCACAUGCUUCCUGCAUGGCGGUGUGACGAAAUGGCUGGAUUAGCGAGUUGUUGUUAGGCGUGACAGUCAUGAUUUGUUUGUUACUAAAUAUCUCAUUGUAUUUUUUUUAUUAUGGAAACAUGUAUGACACAAUGACCAGGCUUUCUAGCCACGUAUUACAUAAACAAUGGAUGUCAUUGGAUGAUUAUCUGAUUGUGUUUAGAUAACGUCUUUGAGAGGCAUUUAGAAGUUGGAGUACUAAGUAAGAAUAAGAUAUAUGGAUGAACAACUUCUUUAUUACAAUUAGAAUAACGGUGUUAAUAAAGAAGUUGUUCAUCCAUAUAUCUUAUCCUUACUUAGUACUCCAACUUAUAAAUGCCUCUCAAAGAAAUUAUUUGUCGUCUUUAUGGAGACGGGCAAUCUCAACCAUCAACCGACUCAUCCCAUGCUUGAUAACGGUAUUAGAACCUAGACAGAAACGUCGCUCCUAAUUGUAAAAAAGAAGUUGUUCGUCCAUAUAUCUUUUCCUUACUUACUGUGUUUAGACAGUUCUAAUAUUCGUCUGAGAUAGUUCAACCAACAAAUUUGAAUUUGUACUUGAUGAAACCUUAAACAGCAUCUACACCAGUAACGAUUUACGUUUGAAGUGGCCAAUACCUGAUUCUAGAAUUACUAGAAAUUCAUAGAAAGUUAGCGUAAUCACUGUGGAAACUGAUAGAUUUCUGUUUAUACCGAUUGCCUCCACAUCACCCAUUUGAACUUCAAAUGCAUUAGGUCUUCAUCAAAUUACAUGGAAUCUUUACAAUUUGCUGACGGGUAUAGCUCCACAAGUGAUCCUUAAUGACUACCAUUGUCAAUCAUAUUUGUUAUUCAAUUUGCCCGUCCCAUGACCUCCUUCCGUUUUUAGACAACGCCCAUCAUCAUGCUUUUAUUAUGUAUCACCAAGUAUUUAAUCACAAGUUAAUCACAACUUUUUACCGCGUUCAGUAAUGUACACAGAUUGCUGCAAUAAGUGUUGUAAACAGGCAUCGCAACGCACUCCGGGCACCAGUUUACAAAUACUUGCAUGGAUCCGCCUCAUUCCAUAAACUAGGUGAUAAACGUGACGCAACAGCCAGUGAGUGCCAGUUUAUGUACGUGCAUCUUCCGCUGAUACCAAGCGAGCGAAUGUGUCAUUAUCACAGCACCGAACGAGAAGCUUUGAGUCAGCUUGGUAUCAACUUAAUGUGUAACAGCCCGUCUGUUGAAAAGUAAUAGUGCUUGGUAUUACAUGUAGCGUAGUUACGGCGAUUUGAAAUUGCUCUGUAUAAUCUUAUACGUUUUUAUUUAUGUCUUCAACUUGUUUUCAACUUGUAUUCAACUUGUCUUCAACUUGUUUUCAACUUGUCUUCAACUUGUUUUCAACUUGUUUUCAUGUGUGUUAGAUCAUGAGUGGUUGUGCCUCAGGAGUUGAGUAGCGACUCUUCUAGUUUGCUUUUAGUGAUGUAUGUCAUCGUUGCUGUACAGCAGUAGUUUUAACUGAUUAUUUUGUUCAUCGGUGCUUAAUGGAAUUUCCUGUUUUUUAGUGUUUGCGCGUGUGUAAUCCAUACCAUCUUCUGAAGGCACUUUUGCAAAACUUGAUGGAGAUUCAGCUUGUUAACAUGCUCCAUCUGCACCAUGCUUGUUGUAAGAACUGACCACAGUGGGGAUCGGAUGGUUAGAAUGCGUGACCUGGCUGAUUGUGCGUCACUGAACGCCAGGGCGCUGAUCGGUGUUCAUGCUAUCAACCACAGGUACGCCUGUCUCAGCCCAGAUUAUUCACAGGCCAAGGCGAUAUAGCUGAAACACAAGUAUCGCUUCAUUUCAACAUUCAUCCACCCAUUCGGUACUUUUAUACUUUUAUUUUCAUUCAAUUGUAACAUGUGCAUACACUGCUGAUCAUAGCGGGAUCAAUAAAUAAAGAUUCUUAUCCUAGUCUUGCCAGGUGAGUUAUAUCAGCUAAUGCAAAAUGUGAUAGGUAGAUCAGGUGAUGCAUACCGGUCACUAUAUUUCCUCUUUUAAUGUCGAUCUGCAAUAUACACAAUGUUUGUGAAGCAAUUAAUUAUAUAUUAAUCCCACAUAGCCUAAACACUCCAGGCGUUAAUAACGCUAAAUAAGUCAAAUACCAGGCCCCCGUAGAAAUUCAAAAAUGCACGUCCCUCGUCCUUGAGCUGUGAUGUGGUAGCCAAGUGUCGGUUACAACCGUAAAAGCGUCGAGACAUGGGUUCGAUUCCCAAUAUUGUCGGCCGGGAUGUAUUCAUGUUUCAUAUCGCGGCCUUAGUAUGAAAGUGCGAUCAGGGGAAGUACAGUGAAAGGCAACCACGUUAUGAGCUCAUUUUCAAUAAAUAUAUCUUGUCCUUUUGUUUGUAUAUAGUUCAUAAUGUGCUUGCGUUUGUCUUAAUGUUUCAUAAGCUUAGAUCAUUUUUCUAUAAAAUCAAAUUUUGUUCAUCUUCAGCUAAAACUAACACCGUUUCUUCAGAAGUCGUAUACAUGUAUAUAUGUGUAAAAUGGUUUUAUAUUUUAAUAGAAUCAAGUAUAUAUGUAUAUAAAGAUUUUUAAUCUAAACCCUAUAUAACCAAUCGCAGCAAAGCAAUUAAAAAGAAAUAUGCAAAUUUGAA